ACCAGUUCCCACGAGUGCGCAUCAUUAAGCUACAGAAUUCUUUUCUCUCACAAGCGUUUAAGGUGUACGGCUGGGAUAGUUCGGCAAGAUGGGUUUUAUCAAAAUAGUUAAGAAUAAGCAGUACUUUAAACGGUAUCAAGUUAAAUUUAAGAGGCGUCGUCAAGGAAAGACUGAUUAUUAUGCUCGAAAAAGAUUGACCAUACAAGACAAAAAUAAGUAUAAUACUCCUAAGUACAGAUUGAUUGUACGAAUAUCUAACAAAGAUAUUACUUGCCAGGUGGCUUAUUCACGGAUUGAAGGAGACAGAAUUGUAUGUGCUGCUUAUAGCCAUGAGCUUCCAAAAUAUGGAAUAAAAGUUGGCCUUACUAAUUAUGCAUCUGCAUAUUGCACUGGUUUACUUUUAGCAAGAAGAUUGCUGAAGAAACUAGGCCUUGAUACUUUGUAUGUUGGUAACACGGAAGUAUCUGGUGAUGAAUUUAAUAUUGAGGAAUUAGAUGGUGGUCCAGGUGCAUUUAGAUGUUACCUGGAUACUGGUUUAAUGCGCACUACAACAGGUGCACGAGUUUUUGGUGCCAUGAAAGGCGCAGUUGAUGGAGGCCUUGAUAUUCCUCAUAGCACUAAAAGAUUUCCAGGUUUCGAUAACGAAACAAAAACAUUCAAUGCAGAAAUACAUAGGCAACAUAUAUUGGGUCAGCAUGUUGCCAAUUAUAUGAGAACUCUUGAAGAGGAGGACGAUGAAGCCUUCAAGAGACAAUUCUCGCAGUAUAUUAAGCAUGGAAUUUCUGCAAACGACAUUGAGAACAUCUAUAAGAAGGCUCAUGAAGCGAUCCGAGCUGACCCAGAAUAUAAGAAGAUCAUCAGAGAUAAAGAACCAAUUAAAAAGAGAUGGAAUCGCGCCAAGUUAUCAUUGGCAGAAAGAAAAAAUCGUAUAGCUCAGAAAAAAGCUUCAUUUCUUCAGACACUAGAAGAAAUAGAGACGUAAUAUACGAAUGCAAAAGAAUGAGGCUAUACAACGAAUCUGUAUUUAAUUUAAUUCCAAUAUAUAUAUUAUAAAUAAUG